AUGGGAGCCGACGAGUGCUGUUCGACGCAGCUGAUCGAUGGGGACGGGGAAUUCAACGCAGCGGGCCUGGACAGCUUCAUGAAGACGGCGAGGGUCGCCCAGUGCGGGCUCUCCUACGCGGUGGUCUCCAUCAUGGGACCCCAGAGCAGCGGUGAGAGAACUUUCCGGCCACGAUGGAUCUUGUCAUUUCCAUUUUCCGACCAAUGGAUGCUCUGAAAGCGCACGGCCGAUGUCCUGAUCUUCCGAGUGCGAUUUGUAUGGGAGAAAUAAAUCUGAAACAUUGAAUUAUGCCUGUGAAAGUCGCGGAAUAGGGCUUCUAUAAUGGUUAAGAGGUUGAAAAUCUCGUUCGGAACCAGCGUAGGGGGUAGAAUUAUGUACGCUGGGGGUAAAUGUACGGAGGUCGAGGGAUUUUGGACAUGUUUCUUCCUCAUGAUGCAUACCCUAAGAACUCUGAGCUCAUUAGAUUAACUUUUUAAUCGUCGUAUGGAAUGGAUGGGAAAUUUCCAUAGUACGAUCUCGCCUCUCAGAUUAUGGUAUAACUAUCUUCUUUUUUUUUCCUUACGAGUCACUUGCAUCACCAUUGCUGUCUCCAUCAUCAAUCAUUGGCAUCAUCGUAGUUACCAUUAUAAUAGUUACUAAGUUGGGCAUGGAAUUUUAAGGCCAAAGCGAUGCCACAUUUUUAUACAAAUCGUUACUUUGUUACUCUGUUUGAGGCAUGGAAUACUUUAAUUGUUUCUGGUUGCCACUCUUUAUUGAAAAUUCUUUGCUUAAACUCAGUGGCAGAUCUCACUUGUGUUGUUAUGUGUCGUUGGUGAUUCCGUGCUUGGACAUUUUAUGAAUUUCCUGCAUUGAAACAAGGCUUAGUUUGGACCUGUUGCAGGCAUGUUUGAAGCUUCCUAGUAGUCCUAAGAAUGCUUCUACCCUACAAUUGGUGGCAUAAUGUUUGGUAUUACAGAGUUUUUUCUCCUUGUGGGAUGAAAUAAGCGAGGAACUGUACCAAAACCAAAUGGAAACUGUUAGAUCAUUAUGCAUAAAUUUCACUCUGAUUAGGAGACUUGGUCAGCAACUGUUAUGCAUAUCACAAGCCUGAUUUCAAAUUACAAUGCGUUUCUUUUUGGAUAAUUCUGUUAUUAUCUCUGAGAUGGUCUAUGAUGAUACUUUUUUUUCUAUCAUUGGUGAGAGGCCUAUUUUUAUACUCUACAGCCGCCGCAUUAGCCUUGAGUGGUGUAUUGCAGUCUUCACCUAGAGAAACGAAAAUAGACUCAAAAUAAGUCGAUUUCAGGAUGAAUCCGUGAUGUACUUCCUUAAGUUAUGUCUACAAAAUUUUAAUAGGAGUUUGUUUCAGAAAGCGUUCCAGCCUAAUGGCAGAUACAUGUUACUUUACUUUUCAUUGUUCAUGGUCUAAUAUUCUUCUUAUAAUCCGGUCAAUAUGUUUAUUCUAGAUAGAACUUUCGAUGCUUUCCAUCUGUAGGCUAUCAAUAGUCUGAAUGUUUUCUGCUUCUAGUCAGCAAAUGAUAUAAACAAUUAUUGGAAAUUCAAUCCAUCUUCUUCUUAUCCUAAAGUCAAAAUGGUGUACAGAUAUAGUCCAACAAGAGACUGCAAUACUUUGGAAUUGGAUACUAGUUCAAGACUUUAUCUUGCCACCAAUGGGAUAUAGCAUUGAUUUGGCCCUCUUUCUGUCCUGAUCGGAUAGCCUGUUUAAAGCUUUUUAUUCCCAUCUUAUAGGAAUUACGUCUAAACUCCACAGUUGGAUUACUGAACAAACCCAUCUAAGGCUCUAUUUGCUUUUGUUGAAACCUUGUUGACGCCAAUAGGAUUCACAUCUGUGUCCAAGUUCAUGUACGUGUCUGUAUCUGUUCUGGCUGAAAGGCUGAGAUUUUGAAGAUUCUUAUGAAAUGCUCUUCUUUUUAUCCUUUGUUCCUUCCCAAAUUGACGAUUUAUAUGCCAUCUGAUGAUUUGCCUUUGUUACUGAAAGGUCCAUCUGCUGGAUUUUUUCUCUUUUUCGUCAUCAUGAUUAAUUCUUCGUUAUUCCAAAGAUCAUAUGGUACCAUGCCUUUCUCAUCAUUGGUUUAUGGUUCAUCAUUGGUUUGCUGUCUCUGUUGUCACCAUAGCUGUAGGGAAGGGUCUCCUUGAUUCAUUGCUUAAAUGUCCAGAAAAAUAAAUGUCUGUAUACACAAAGUUGGAUUCUCUUGUAGGUUGUGUUCUCCAAUGUGCUCAGUUAUGUGGUUCCUUUUUCCCCCCUCUAUUAUAUCAGAUUAGAAGUUGCUUUCCAUUGUGAAAGCUUACCAUGACGGUGGGUGAAUGUUUUCCCCUCUAAUAUUUUGAUCCGUUGUUUUCCCAUGUCCAGGUAAAAGCACCCUAUUAAAUCAUCUUUUUAAGACAAACUUCAGAGAGAUGGAUGCAUACAGAGGAAGGUAUUGGUAUAUGUACUUAUUUAUUUUCUGAUGUUUGAUAGUUUUCAACAGAUGUGAGGCAUAAAGAUAAGUAUCCCUGUUCUCAUAGGAGUCAAACAACCAAAGGCAUUUGGAUCGCAAAAUGCAUCGGUAUCGAGCCAUGCACAAUUGUAAUGGAUUUAGAGGGCACUGAUGGGAGGGAAAGAGGAGAGGUAAUUCAUCUCAUUCUAUUUUGGCUUUCUGGAUCGAAGGUGUUGGAAAGGUGUUUAUACGAUUUUGGUAUAUAGACGUGAACCUUUUGGAUAUCUUAAUUUGCUAACUGGUAGACGUAUUAUCAAAGGGAAAUCAAAUUGUUCCGUUUUGACAAGUGCGAGCCACAAGAUCCUUCUCUAUCUCUUCAAAGACUAACACUCUUACUUAAGACUUAACGUUCUAAAUUUCAGAAGUAAUAGAGGUGGAUAUUAUCCGUACAUUUUUAAAAUGUAUGAAUAAUAUAGCUCAUAAAAUAGGGCUGGAUAGAAAAUUUCGUGUCCAUCUCCCCAGAACUCGAUUAAAAUGUCUCAUAGACAUGCUUCUGGCACUGAAUUACGAUAUACUUGAAUGCCACACCGCGUGAUGUUCUACAUCUUCCACGUGUCUCCCUGGGAAUAAUCCUAUCCACAUUUGGGGCAGAGAAAAACAAAUGUCGAUCCAUGAUCACAUUCACCACUGGAUCUCAGCUCAGGUUUGCCUUCACUGUUAUAUUGAUUAUUGAAGUAAUAUAUUUUCCUAGUUCUAUAAAUUUAGCUUUUAUAAUACAAAUCAUAAGGAGAGUGAUGGUGAGAAAAAUAAUGAUUGUCUUCAAUCUCUUAAAAUUUCUAGUGUGUGUAUCUUGCCAGAACACAUAACUGGUUUUGAAGCUUAUACUUCUUCGAUAUUAUGUAUGGUACUCAAGAUGUUUCCUCCGUAAGAAGGUGUCUCAAACGCAAGGCAUCUUGGCUGUUUAUGUGGCCUACUAUUGUGUUCACGUCGAUUCUGAACACGAAUUGUGGCUGCUCGUGUUGGGGUGAGCAUGGAAUUUAUAUUCAGGUGAAUGGUGCAUGUUGCUGGUUGCCAGCAUGUUUAGCCAAAUGUAUAUGUUUAUGUAUAAUUAAUAGAUAAUACUGUUGUGUUGAAAUGUUUUAGUAUUAUUUUUAAAAAUGUAAAACAAGGUACUGCCAACAGAUAUUACACUAAUAUGAAAUAUACAAAAGAUUUCUUGAAAGUAUAUCUUAUUGUUAUGUCAGUAUUGUGUGUGCAUAUAUACGUCAUUGUUAUGCUUAAAUAUCAAAAACUUGUAUACUUUGAAGGUGAGGCAUUGCCUUGUUUUGCCUUAGAAGAGUAGUGACCAUAUGACUUAGUUUUUUCCAUGUUUUGUCACUUGAUGACUUAUCAUGUUGGCCUUUAGUGGCACAUGUGAAAUUUUGCUCUUCCAUGAUGACAACGUUCUGCUAAUGUGUAUAAUUCUAAACCUGUCUAAUUGUGGAAAUAACGUCUUUAGUAUUAGCAGAUGAGAUAGUAGUAAGUCCACUGUAACCUAGGAGCACAAUUUCCGUAAUUGUCUCAUUGCAUGAUAUGUAAUUAUCUUGUGCUUUUUCUACCCUCUCUUUCCUAGUAAGUCCACUGUAACCUAGGAGCACAUUCCGUAAUUGUUUCAUUGCAUGACAUGGAAUUAUCUUGUGAUUUUUCUACCCUCUCUUUCCUUUAUCUUGAACCUAAACAAUCCUUUCUCAGUUUUGUUCUAUAAUGAUGUGUAUUCUUACUUCUUCCAUUUUGUACCACAACAUAGUUAACUAGGGCAAAUUAAUAUACUUGCUUUUAAGGUGAACCAAUGGCCUUGCUUGUGGUUUGGAUGGUCAACAUGAUUAAUAUAGACUAUAACUCAUCUUUUGCCUAACUUGUUUUUUUUUACGUGAAAUUUGCUCUUGCUUCUUCAAGCAAUUCUUCCAAGUUAUGGGUCUCUCAGUGACAUUUUGUCUGCUGGAUUCAGGAUGAUACCACAUUUGAGAGGCAGAGUGCUCUCUUUGCUCUAGCCAUUUCAGAUAUUGUUUUGAUAAAUAUGUAAGUCCAAUGCUUUGGUUACAUUCUCUGAAAAUUUGCAAAUGGUCAAAGUCUAUUAUGUCCUGGUUUCUUAUAAAUUGGCAUACUCCAAGGUGGUGCCAUGAUAUUGGUCGAGAACAUGCUGCAAACAAACCUCUUUUGAAGACCGUGUUUCAGGUACCUUUUCAUUCUUGUCUUUGCUUCAAUGGAUUACUGUAGUUUAACUCAAUACAAGGCCGUACUUAUCUUUAACAAAAAAAAAAUCUGUUUGCUACAGGUCAUGAUGCGCUUGUUUAGUCCUCGCAAGACAACACUGGUGUUUGUUAUUCGUGACAAGUCAAAGGUCUACUUGCUACAUAAUGAAUAAUUUUCAUUUUAUGAGAAUGCUGUUUCAAGUUCGAAAACUUUCCUUGGAUAAUGCCCAUCAUUUUUCUCCUGCUUGUGUAUCUACAGACUCCAUUAGAGCGUUUAGAACCAGUGUUAAGGGAAGAUAUUCAGAAGGUAUCUUGAGGGCUUGCUUUUGUCAUUUAGAUUCGGUUUCCUCAUAUGGUUAAGCUCAAAAGGAACAAAUGCCAAACCUUUUCAGAUAUGGGAUACAGUUUCAAAGCCUCAGGCUUUAAAGGAAACUCCCCUCAGUGGAUUUUUCAAUGUAAGUUAUGUCAUGUAUUUAAGGAAGCCUUGAGUAAUUCUUUUAUUUAAGAUAUUUGUCUGUUUAGGUCGAGGUCACGGCUUUACCUAGUUAUGAAGAGAAAGAAGUGCAAUUUGAGGAGCAGGUGAAUAUCUUUUAUGAAAAUUUACUUCUAAUUAUUAUUAGUUUUUAGAUGUCUUUCCUUUUUUUUUUUUUGUUAUUAUUGCAUGCUGUUUGGUUGUACAUGAAAUUCUUUUGAUGUCUUGGGCUUCCCUAACUAAGAUUAUUAUUAAUUAUAGUAAAUUAAUUAUAAAUUUUCAAUUAUUCCUCUGCAGGUUUCUCAACUAAGGCAGAGAUUUUUCCAUUCUAUCGCACCAGGAGGCCUUGCAGGUGAUAGAAGAGGCGUUGUUCCUGCAUCAGGAUUUUCCUUUAGUGCUCAACAGAUAUGGAAAGUCAUACGGGAGAACAAGGACCUUGAUCUUCCUGCUCACAAGGUUUCACUGCAUUUCACCUUCUAUCAGAUGGCAUUCGGUUUUUUCUAUUUAAUCUCUUUUGUAAACUUAUAGGUAAUGGUUGCUACAGUACGAUGUGAAGAGAUUGCAAAUGAAAAACUAAGCCAUUUGUCAUUCGAUGAGGUAAUAAAACAUGAAACACCAUCUAGGCUUGCAAAAACAAAAAAUCUCAAUUGAUUCAUGACCUUGAUCAGCGUUGGUUGGAACUGUCGGAAGCUGUUCAAGCUGGUCCUGUACCUGGUUUCGGGAGGAAGCUGAGCACCAUACUAGAAUCAUAUCUGUCUCAGUAAGAUUAAUCCUCUCUUUUGUAUAGAAUGUUUUCACCAAGUCUGCAUUUUACUCAUUGUAGAAAAGAGAGCUCGGAAAUUGAAUGCUUACUAUCGUUCAUGGAUUAAUAAACGCGAAGAAAAUAAUUACUGCAUCAAUGUAAAUGCAUCAGUUCACAGUUGCUUACUCAUUUGCACUUUCUUCUGUUGACAUACUCAUAGAGCAGGAAGUAUAUUCUAGGUGUAAUUUUAUGGAUUGAUACAAGUUAAAAUAGGUUAGAAUUACUCUACUACUCGAUGACAUUGUUCUGGACAUUGCUAUCACAUGAGAUUGAUUCCCAUUUUAUCUUUUACUUUUUGCUUUCUUGAGGUUAAGAAUUUCGGAAACUUGUGGUUCAUUUAUAGAACAUGGCUUUUCACCUUUGCUUAUUUAAAAGUUGUUUCUUAUUAGAAAUUUAGGAAAUAUAUUCCACAGCAAAAGAUUCCAACGAUUUAAAAGUGAACUAUUUAUGAUAGAUUUUUUUUAUGCAGUGAUAGCAGUUACUGAUGUUCCUACCUUGGCUUCAUUUGACUUGUGAACAUUCGUGGCAUUCUUCGGUCAUGCAUUUAUUAGAGACUUUAGUCCUUUGUUCCUGAUGGAUCUCAUGUCACAGGAAUGAUUCAAACCUAAAUCGGAAUCUUUAACAUAUGCGGAGAUAUGCAUUAUUUUGUAGGUACGACAUGGAGGCCAUAUACUUCGAAGAAGAUGUUAGGCUUUUGAAGAAGCAACAGCUGGAAACUAAAGCGUUGCAUGUGAGGCAUAAAUUCACAUUUUCCCUCAAUAUUUAAUGCUUUAGACAAUCAGCCGGUGUAUCAUAUGAGAAAUUUUUCGCUGUAAUCUUUCUCGGUUUGCUACUAGACCAGUAAAAAUAUGCAUUGUUUAUCUGAUUUAUUCUUAAUCUGUUUGUGCCAAAAAUUGUUUAAUACUGGUGAAAGAGCCUUGACAUCUCAGUCGCUGUUUUAUGAAUCUUUUUUCCUGAUCCAUGCAAUCCCAUGUUUCUGUGGGGUCUUGGAUACAAAACCCUUACGUCUCUAUGUUAUCUGUAAGCUCUGUCAUGGUUGCCCAUUUACCUCUUGAUGAACCUUUGAAUCGAUUAGGGAUAAAAAUCAGUGUACUGCAAUAAGACUGCAACCUUUUUUCCUACGAUCUCUUAGAUGUAUUUAAUCAAGGUGUCUUAGGCCAGCAGCAUGGGUGAGCAGUACUAGGGAGACUAGGGUACCUGUCUGCAGUGGCCAAAAUAAAGAGACAGAAAAAUGGUUUGCUGCAUGAAGCAUGUACAUGAACAUAGUUUUCAAAGGAAACAAUAAACAAGGGGUCAAUUCUUUGCCUCCGGCGUUAGGGUUCCAACACAGCCGCCGAGAGAGCUAUAGAAAAUAUGUGCAGGAAAAAAGACACUUUCAUUCCUAGCGCUGUUCUUAAGUACAGACGUUAAUGGUUCCAACAAGACCCAAUGAAUCCAUAUCGGAUCUCAUAGGGACAUAACAGAAAUAAAGGAAAGUAAGAAACUCAGAAAACAACAUUGACGAAAUCUAGUGAAUGUUGACACAAGGCAUAACCAUUCAUGAAAGGUUUUGACAAAGAGCAUGGAACAGGGAAAUAUUUCCAUAUUGUUUCCGUAUGGAUGGAGGCACACUACGAUGUAGUGCAGCUCAUUUGUCAGGCUGUCAUCUAAUUUAACAUAAUGACAGUCAUUGAUGUCUGAAAUAGCUAGGAGGUCUUAACCACCCGUCAUUGAUUGAUUUUUGUUGUCGAAUAUAUUGGGAAACGUUGGCAAAAAAAAGGAAUUUAAAUGUAAUGUGCAUUUGGCGAUGUUAGAUUCUACAAUAUUUUGAUAUUUUGACGACCAAUGGUCCUGGACUUUUGAUCUUUUGGAUCCUUCUCUUCUGAAUGUGGACCUUUGUUCCAAAGAAGAUUAUAGGAUCUAUUUGGUCUCACCAGUUAACUUCAGGGCUACUUAAAACAUGUGAAGUGCUAAAUAUAAAUUAAAUACGAGUGAAUAUGACGAGGAAAUAUAUUUCUGGACCUAGCCGAUUAAAUUUCAUGCAGAACUGCCAGUAGUUAUUAGAGGAACUUUUUAAUGCAUAUUCAGGAUAAGAUUUCCGUUGUUGAGGGCUUUCUUCGACAAUUUCUUAUUUUUUGAGGGGAUUCCAAUGUUGAUAGCAGGUAGUGGAUUUGGUUUUGUUUGUUUCUCUCUAUGUAACCCUUCUAAACCGAUUUGUAGUACAUGAAGAUGUUGGAUGAUAUGCUACCAUUUUAUGGACACGAGAAUCAAUUGUGCCCGACUAAAUCUGACACCUGCUGCUAUUCUUAGUUCAACCACCAAAUUUAAGUGCAAUUAUUUAUCAACUGUUGAUAGAUACCUGUAAGAUGAUAUUCCAUGAGGAGUACCGAAUCGGGUCGUAUAAAGUCAGUCAGUGAUAGCUUAUCAAGAGCCAAUAAGCCAUUGAAGUCAUUCCAGCAGCACACUUUCGCUUUGUGGACCUCAUGACUUGAUUGUCACCUCUAAAAUAGGAAAAACAGCACCCUAGCAUAGGGUGGUAGAUUUCAUUUUCACAGAGAGAUAACUAGGCUUCACAAACAAUGCUGCAGUUGAUUGAAGUUAAUGCACUUCUAACAUUUCGAAACUUAUACCUUGAGAAGCAUCUCAUGCAAACGUGAUGUGGAUUUUUUGGACUGCCCCUGCAUUUCAUUCCAAUGGGUUCGUUUGCAAAUGCUUUAACUUUUUAGCUAGUUAUACAAUCGUAGAUUAUCACUGUAUUAGUGUCCCCCAACCAUGUUGUAUCUAGCACAGGUGUAAUUAUAGAUGAUACGGUUGCCGGUGUUAAAAAUAUGGUAGAUGGUUCUACUGUACAGAAAGUAUAUGGUUGGUGCAUUGCUUCUUGCAGUUUCUCUGAGGUCUAUUUCUCAUGACAGAGUAACAUCAGGGUACUGUCCUGAAUAGCUUCUUCAUCCUCGUCUCCAGAUAUAUUUUAGAAUGGAUGGCAGGGUUUCUUCCUUUGCUGGGUUACAGACCUGAUCUUGCUUCUUUUGUGUGAUGGAGAUAGUUUAUCGAACACUGUUUAUGAUACUUGAUCGUGGUGCAAUACAUAUUUGGAUGGACGUUCAUUUGAGAUUAUUCGAAGCUUCUCCUUUCAUUCCUUUAUACCCAAAUUAUGACUCUAAAGUGAAGUUUGAAGUACACACCGCACACCUUUUGUCAACUGAACAGAAAUCUAGAAUGUAGUACAGAAUUCCAGUAAAUGAUUCAGAUCCGUGUACCAGAUAUGCAUAAAAGUAUCUAUGGAUUUGAAGAAUUUAAGGAAAUCUUAAAGGGUUUUCGUUUUUGACUUUGUCUAUUGUUCUACAGUUGGUGCACCCUGCAUACCAGACCAUGUUGGGACAUCUGCGCUCUCAGGCACUUGAUCGUUUUAAGAAUGAGUUAAAGUAUUCACUUAAAAGAGGGCAAGGCUUUGCAGUGUCCGUCCUCAGCACUACUCAAUUUUGUCUCCAUCAAUUUGAUCAAGGAUACAGGGGUAACACAUUUCAUUGAUCUUUCAGUCUCUCUUUUAUCAUGGAUUGAUAAUCUUCCAGUAUUUUUAAACAACUUCCAGUGACGUCUAAUCCAUAAUUCUUUCAGUUUCAGUUUAUAAUGUUUAGAAUGUUUGGAAUGUUAAACGCGCAAUCGCCGUUAUGUUAUAAUACUGUAUGCUUUCAGCUUGGCGUUCAUCCUUUUUGUCUCUAGUUGAACUUUAUCCUUUUCUCUUCAACAUUUAUUCGGUAUUGGUUGCAUCCUCGUCCUCCUCCGGCCACCCAACCACGUACAAGCCUGCUUGGUGCCUCCACCCUUCCAUAGGCAGCCUAAAUUGCAGCCUUCCCAUGCUAUUUGGUCGGCUGGGCUGGGUAUUUGCUUUCAAGAGAAUUUUCAGGACCUAGGCUUGGCCUUGCUCUCUAGGCUUUUCUCUAUGGUCGAGCCUAGGCCUUGCAAAAUAUCUAUCAGUUCAGAUGUGGGCUUCAGUAGAAAUGAUUUGUCUACAAACCUGGCUGGGUCUCAGUUAUCCAACUUCAGAGAAAACUCCCUCAAUUCCGUAGUAUUGUGGAUACACCACAUGGUGUUAAGAGAAAGGUUCGACUCAUUGUGUCAUCUGACUGCAAUGUGACUUGAAAAUUCCUUUCAUUUUCAGAUGUGUCCAUAAAACAGGCUGAUUGGCGUUCGUCCAAGGUCCGAGAAAAGCUUCUCCGUGAUAUGGAAGCCCAUGCAGCUUCAGUUCGUAGUGAAAAACUAUCUGAAAUUACUGCCGAUUACCAGGUUUACCCUUAAAUCCCGUUAGUUAACCAUUCAGUCUUGAAUUCUGUGCAUCUUUGCUCGUAAUUCCGGUUAAGAUUAUAUACCUUAGAAAAGCUUAAGAAAUAGUUGAAAUUGUCUACUUUGGCGGCUGUCAUGCUGAUGUCAGCCAUAAAAGCCAAAUGAGAAGAAAUCGAGGACUGUCUUGGUGCAGUGAGCAGAGGAAUCUGAUGGAUUUUUUCUCUGUAUAUCAUCGAAUCGAGUUUUUUUAAUAUUAUAAAGUCUUCCAGCCCGUGCACAAGUUGUUUCUGGGAGCAUGUUAAUUGCUUGGUGUUUUGUUGCCAAACAGAACCGUCUCACUGAUGCACUUGGCGAACCAGUGGAAUCAUUGUUUGAGGCAGCUGAGAAUGACGCCUGGGCUUCGAUAAGAACACUAUUUAAUUGUGAGGCUGGGGCCGCCAUGUCAAGGUUUUCGGAUGCCCUAUCAGGAUUUGAGUUAGAGCAAGAAGUGAUGGAAAACAUGGUAAAGGAUCUGAAGUAAUUCGCUGCAGGCAUUGUGGAGAAAAAGGCCAGAGAAGAGGCAGGGAAGGUCUUGAUCCGCAUGAAGGACAGGUAGCUGCUCAUUCUUUGAUCUCUCACUUCUCAACUGUACUUGAAUUGAGUGUUGCCAGCUUUCAAUAUUUUUCAGGUUCUCAACGGUGUUCAGCCACGACAAUGACUCAAUGCCACGGAUUUGGACGGGGAAGGAGGACAUUCGGCAGAUUACUCGCGAUGCCCGCUCUGCGGUCUGUAGAGCUUGGCUGAUUCUGAUAUGGGAUCAUCUAAAUUCUGAUACCCUUGACGUUGAUUAUAUAUUUCUUCUAUGCUGUGACUGUGCUGUUUAGGCCCUGAAGCUUCUUUCAGUGAUGGCUGUGAUCCGCUUAGAUGAGAAACCAGACAAAGUUGGGAGUAUCCUUUAUUCAAACCUUCUCGAUGGUCCUCUGGCUCAGGAGCAUGGCGCUGGACCUUCUGUGGAUCCUCUCAUGUCAAGCACCUGGGUGGAGGUGAGACCUCUCAGUGUACCCGAAAAUUCUGAAAUCAUAGAUGAUGAUGAUGAUGAUGAUGAUGAAAAUAGCGAUGACAGACUGCAUGGAUUAGGUUUCCCCGAGAAAUGUGUUGAUUUCACCCGUGCAAUGUAAAUCUAUCUGGAGGCAAUUUAAGGUCGAGACUGCAUACACCGUCAGUCAAGCAAUUUCUGCGCUGGUAUGGCAUCUUUCCUGUACUUCUUGUCUCAUGAUCCCCCCCAUCCCCAGAGGAAAUAGGUGAAACUAGGAAGCUUUCGCCCCCAAGGUAAGCAAAGCAGAGAACAGGCUUUUCGGAGUCCUAGGACAACCAGAUUGCAUUCUAGUUGAAAUCUGAAACCAGGCAUCUGCUAUUUUUGGUUAAUGAGGUAUGCGGUUGGCAUUCAUGGGUCCUUCUCAAUCUAUAUGAGAAACCCCAAGCUAAUUUCUUUCACUUUUUUGUCCCUGUUCUUAUCUCGGGGUGGGUUGUAUAAAUAAUAAAAAACGCAGAUCUUUGGCGUGCUCUUUUGUUCUGAACCACGGACAAUCGUUGUAGGAGGCCCACAAGCGCAGCAAUAACUGGUUGCCUCCCCUGUGGGCGAUCGUUGUGAUGAUACUUCUCGGUUUCAACGAGUUCAUGUUGCUUCUGAGGUAAUGAUCUUCCCCACCAUCUUUCAUUAUUUCUAGCGAGCUUUCUUGGCUCCGGAGGUGAUCUUAUCGUUUGCUCUCCUGCCAUCAGAAACCCUCUCUACAUUGUCAUGCUCUUCGUAACCUUCCUGGUGUCCAAAGCGCUGUGGGUGCAGCUCGAUGUCCCGGGGGAGUUCCGCCAUGGCGCAGUAAGAGGAGACCCAGACUCUUUCUACCUUUUCAUUGGCCCUCUUCAGUUUAGUAAGACUUAGUUUAAUUUCAGCUUUCAGGGCUUCUUGCAUUGUCAUCAAGAUUUCUUCCCACUGUGAUGAACAUCCUCAGACGACUUGCUGAUGAUGGCCAGAACCAGCAUCAGCCUGGCCGGCAGCCUCCCACAGAGAGCUCCCGCAGGCUCAGAGAUCAGGCCCAGAUGAACACUGGGUCUAACCCUUCGUCAUCAUCAUCUGCGGUCUCUUCGUCUGGAAGUAGCACCACGGAGUAUCUGAGCAGAGUUGGUCAAACCCAAGCUGACGAAUUUGAUGCGGCGUCUAGCACAUCAUAG